ACGGUUUCGGAUCAUGGAUCGAGCCAAGCAUCACAACUUCUUCUACCCAUCCUGUAUGUUGUCCUUUUGGCUCCGUGUUGGAAUAGAAACUUAUUGUAUUGUAUUAGUAGACGAGAUUUUACGAAAAAGGUUCUUGAUAGGAGAAAAAUUUCUUUUUUCCAUUUUUUCAGUGCGGAUUUUACACAACAUGGGGAAAUCACUAUUUCUAAUUGAAAAUUGAUAUUUCUAAUUCAAAAGAAAAAAGAGCUCUAUCAUAUAUAAUGAACUGCUACUCCAGGUUCUCACAAAAGGGAAUCGUUUCUUUCAAUAUUCACUCAUUGUUCGUUAAUAACCCUAGUGAUUGUAUCUAGUAUGCGUAUUCUGAUAGGAAAUAAAAUAUUCAAUUGAUUUUUCAUCGAAUGACUAUUCAUCUACUGUACUUUCAUGGAAAUAGAGGCAAGAAAGCUCUAUGGAAAAAUCAUGGUUCAAUUUGAUCUUGUCUAAGGGAGAAUUAGAAUACAGAUGUGGGCUAAGUAAAUCAAUGGAUAGCCACCUUGGUCCUGUUGAAAAUACUACUGUAAACGAAGACCCGACUAGAAAUGAUACGGAUAAAAACAUUCAUGAUUGUAGUGACAGCUCUAGUUAUUACAGUAAGGUUGAUCAUUUAGUUGACGUCAAAGACAUUCGGAAUUUCAUUUCUGAUGACACCUUUUUAAUUAGGGAUAGUAAUCAGGACCGUUAUUCCAUAUAUUUUGAUAGUGAAAAUCAAAUUUUUGAGCUUAACAAUGAUCAUUCUUUUUUGAGUGAACUAGAAAGUUUUUUUUAUAGUUAUCAUAAUUCUAGUUAUAUGAAUAAUGGAUCGAAAAAUGAUGAGUCCCACUAUCAUUUUAACUUGGAUGAUAAUGAUACUAACUAUGGUUGGAAUAAUCACAUUAAUAGUUGUAUUGACUCUUAUCUUCGUUCUCAAAUCUGUAUUGAUAGUUCCAUUUUAAGUGGUAGUGACAAUUCCAAUGAUAAUUAUAUUUAUAAUUACAUUUGCGGCGAAGGUGGAAAUAGUAGUGAAGGCAAGAAUUUCGAUAUAAUAACUCGUGAAAAUGGUAAUGAUUUAACUCUAAAAGAAAGUUCUAAUGAUCUCGAUCUAUACAAGGAUUUGUGGGUUCAAUGCGAAUGCGAAAAUUGUUAUGGAGUAAAUUAUAAGAAAUCGCUUAAUUCAAAAAUGAAUAUUUGUGAACAAUGUGGAUAUCAUUUGAAAAUGAGGAGUUCAGAUAGAAUCGAACUUUCGAUUGAUCCAGGCACUUGGGGUCCUAUGGAUGAAGACAUGAUCUCUCUGGAUCCCAUUGAAUUUCAGUCUGAAGAAGAGCUUUAUAAAGAUCGUAUUGACUUUUAUCAAAGAAAGACAGGAUUAACUGAGGCUAUUCAAACAGGCACGGGUCAACUAAACGGUAUUCCUAUAGCAAUCGGGGUUAUGGAUUUUCAGUUUAUAGGGGGAGUAUGUGAUCCGUAGUAGGCGAGAAAAUCA